AUGGGUAAAUCUAAAGCACAUCGUAUAAAGAAAAUCGCCGGGCCGAAAUCUUUCCUCGAGGAGCAAACGAACGAGGGUCGAGUGUCCAAGAAAUCGAAACAGCCCAAAAUUCGACUGCGUGCCGAAGAAAGCAACUAUGUUGAUUCGAAAUCAUCCAAGAAAAUUCUGCGGCAAGCUCGUAAACAACAGGCGGAGUUGAACUUUCUCGACAAAUCCUUCGGUCCAUCGCUGGCAGAAUCCACCUCGAUAAAACGACGACAUCGAUUGGAUGAUCGAGACUCAUCCGACGAAUCGGACUUGGAGGAUCGUAAUGAACCCGACAUUAGUGGAGAAAACUUGUACGACGAUAUUAAAAUCAGCGAGGAAGAUGAGCGUGCACUGCAAAUGUUUCAAAACAAAGAUGGUACGAAAACACGUACACUGGCCGACAUCAUUUUGGAGAAAAUGACUGAGAAACAGACCGAAAUUCAAACACAGUUUUCCGACAAUGCCUCGCUUAAGCUAGACGAAAUCGACCCGAACGUGCGUGAGAUGUACAAAGGUGUGCGGGAUGUUUUGAAGCGUUACCGUAAUGGCAAAAUUCCGAAAGCUUUCAAGCUCAUCCCUAAGCUACGGAACUGGGAACAAUUUCUGUACAUAACGGAACCACAGCAGUGGAGUGCAGCCGCAAUGUUCCAGGCGACGCGUUUGUUUUCUUCCGGUCUUACACAGCACAUGGCACAGCGUUUCUACAAUCUCGUACUGUUGCCACGUGUUCGCGAUGAUUUGGCCGAAUUCGGUCGUCUGAAUUUCUAUCUGUAUCGAUCGUUGAAGAAGGCACUGUUCAAACCGGCCGCAUUUAUGAAGGGUAUUGUGCUGCCUCUGCUAGAGGCAGGCGAUUGUACCUUGCGCGAGGCAAUCAUCAUCGGUAGCGUUGUCAGUUGCACCUCCAUUCCGGUGCUGCACACAGCAGCCUGUUUGUUGAAAAUUUGUGAGAUGGAGUAUUCGGGCGCGUGUUCUGUGUUUAUUCGUAUCAUUUUGGAUAAACGGUACGCACUACCGUACCGAGUAAUCGAUGCGGCGGUGUUCCAUUUCCUAAAGUUUGAACAGGAUAAACGUGAUAUGCCGACGCUUUGGCACAAUGCUUUGCUCACAUUCGCCCAGCGGUACAAAAACGAUAUUUCCUCCGAGCAACGUGAUGCACUAUUGCAUUUAUUGAAGAAAAAAUCGCACCCUAAAAUUACACCCGAAAUUCGACGGGAACUACAAGCUGCGCGAUGCAGAGAUGUAGAAGUUGGUCAAAGCUUAGCAUUGGAGGGCGAAAUGGAGUUCGAGGAGGAUAAUGAUUACGCACCUAUGGAUGACGAUGAAGUGGCACACGGAUCCUCCCAACGUGUAACAUUCUCAUCGAAAGCACAAACCGUAGAACCGUUGGAUAGCGAUGAUGAUGACGAGGAAGAAGAUGAGGAAGAUGAAGAUGAAGAAGAGUUGUAA